GGUUUUGAGCAUGAUUCGGGUCGGUCACUAUUAAAUUCGGGUAAUCUCGGUUAACAGUUACGUGUCGGUUAGAAAAAUCGGUUACAGCUCGGGUCCAGUUUUUCCAUUUUCGGUUGUCAGCCGGUUCGGGUAUAGCUUCGAGUCGGGUAAUAUCGGUUCGAUAAACCUAAAAAUAGAACACAUUUUUGAGUCGGUUUACUUUCGAUUUCAAAUCGGAUUUCCAGAUGGAGUCACUUUUAAACAACUCUACUUAAAACAAUAAAAUUAUUUUCUCAUAACUUUCAUUAAAUAAACUAUUUAUUUCUCGUAUGAAACACAUUUUAUGGUUAGAUCGCCUUACACUCUUAUGCUUGCUUGUACUUCUAAAUUAAUUCAAACUCUUUUCUUCCUUCAUACAUAUCAGGCAGAAGCAUGUGCCAUAUUCAAAUUACAAACAACCUUUCUCGGAAGCCCAGCUGCCAUGAUCAUCUUCAAAUUCAAAUCAUUUCCAAAUCAUGAAUCACUUAUCAUUUCAUUUAUUCAAACCAAUUUCUUGGUUCUUUACCAAAUCUUCAAUCCAAUGGAGGGCUCUGUCUACCUUCCCAAACCCAUAUUCAAUAUCUUCAUCCAUGACUCGCACCAUAGCUCUAAAGACUCGAGCUUCACUAAAUCCAGCUUACCUUCUUAUGUAUGCUUGUAAAAAUCUCCCUUCUCUCAGAGUACUUCAUGCUUUACUCACUGUACACGGUUUAACUGAUGAUCUCCUGUGCCUCACCAAAUUGGUCAGUUUAUAUGGUGCUUUUGGUUCUUUAAGUUUUGCACAUAAGGUGUUUGACAAAAUUCCUAACCCAGAUUUCUAUUCUUUCAAAGUUUUGAUUAGAUGGUACUUUAAAAACGGAUUACAUUCUGAAACUAUUUUGUGCUACAACUGUUUGAGAAAACACCUCAAAGAAACUGAUGAUGUUCUCUUCUCUAUUGUGUUGAAGGCUUGUUGUCAGUUGAGGGAUGUAGAUCAGGGGAAGAAAAUACAUUGCCAUAUUGUUAAAUCAGGGCCUCCUGAUAGUUUUGUUCUGACUACUUUAUUGGAUUUGUAUGCCAAAUGUAGGGAGAUUGAUUCUGCCCGCAAUAUUUUCGAGGAGAUUGAGAUUAGAGAUAUAGUUUCUUGGACUUCAUUGAUGAUAGGAUAUGUACAAAAUGAUUGUCCUCAAGAGGCUCUAAUGUUGUUUAAUAGAAUGAGGGAAAAUCUUGUUGAUGGAAAUCACUUUACAUUGGGGAGCUUACUAACAGGCUGUGGAAAGUUGAGAGCUUUGCACCAAGGAAAGUGGUUUCAUGGGUAUAUAAUAAAAGUUGGUAUAAAUCUGAAUUCGAUUUUGGCAACCACCCUUAUAGAUAUGUAUGUCAAAUGUAGAAGAAUUAAAGAUGCUCGUUCUAUCUUUGAUGAGAUGAGCACUAGUAAUGAUUGCGUCGCUUGGACUGCUAUGAUAGUCGGGUACACUCAAUGCUAUCAGGAAACCGACGCCUUAGAGUUGUUUAAAGAUAAGAUUCGAGAUCGUUUUCUGCCCAAUUCCAUGACCAUAGCUAAUGUAGUUUCAGCUUGUUCUAAACUCAAAUAUUUGAAUAUGGGCAGGUCGGUUCACUGCCUUUCGAUUGUGCAGGAUUUAGAAGAUGUAGACGUCAAACAUGCUCUGAUUUACAUGUAUGCAAAAUGCAUGAUGUUCAAAGAUGCAAAGUAUAUCUUUGAGUCAUUACCCAUCAAAAAUGUUAUUACAUGGAAUUCAAUAAUUUCAGGGUAUGUUCAAUCUGGAAAUGCAUUGGAAGCACUUAAACUAUUUCACCGAAUGAUUUUAGAAUCUGGGUCUCCGGAUGCAAUGACAUUUGUUAGCGUCAUCUCUGCUUGCGCUUCCAUCAGUACUAUCAAACUCGGUUCUUCAUUACACGCUUAUAUGAUAAGGGACGGUUUCUCACACAACAACAUCUAUGUUGCAACGGCACUACUUAAUUUUUACGCCAAGUGUGGUGAUGCAAUCUCUGCACGCAAAGUUUUUAACGAGAUGAGGAGCAAAAAUGAAGUGACAUGGGUUUCAAUGAUUAGAAGUUAUGGAAUGAUUGGUGAUGGCGAGGAGUCGAUUGCAUUGUUCGAAAACAUGUUGAAGGAAAAUUGGGACCCUAAUGGAGUAAUCUUUACAACUGUUUUAUCAGCAUGUAGUCACUCAGGAAACAUCAAGGAAGGGUGGAAGCAUUUCAGUAGUAUGUGUGAGGAGCAUAAGUUAGUACCCACCAUGAAACAUUAUGUAUGUAUGGUCGACUUAUUGGCUCGUGCAGGGAAGCUAGACGAAGCUGCAGAAUUCAUGGAGGACAUGCCUAUUCAACCGGAUAUGAGUGUACUUGGAGCACUUGUCCAUGGAUGUAUUCUCCAUUCCCGGUUAGACUUGGGAGAAAAGGCUGCAAGGAAAAUGUUGGAUAUGCAUCCUAAUGAAGCAUGCUACUAUGUGAUGUUGUGCAAGUUAUAUGCUUUGGAGGGUAGAUGGGAGAAGGAAAAUGAGAUAAGAAAUUUGAUGAAGGGUAGGGGGCUGAGCAAGUCACCUGGUUGGAGUUUUUCAGAGACGGAUACUUGCAAGCACCUUCCUUUUUCAUAACAAUAAAAAAAUCAAGUAUUUAAUAAAUGGACAAAUAUUUAUUUUUAUAGAGAUUAAAUAGUAUAUUUUUCAUGAUAAGUGAAAAUAUUCGUUAUUAUCAUAACAUAAUCAAUAAUUAUACUUGGUAUAUUCCGCUGAGUAGCAGGAUUCGGGAUAUAAGACAAAUAUGUCAUACCCAUACCCUCUUCAAAGAGAGGGCAGUGGCGGAGCUAGGUUGGAGCCCACGGGGUCACGUGCUUUUAGGUGGUUUUUUAAAAACAAUUAAAAGUAGACUUUUUUAUUGGUAAAAGUAAAAGUAUAAAAUUGAUACUGA